CCACACGCCGACACGAUGAGAUCCAAGGCGAGGGCGAGAAAACUGCCCAAAACAAAUGCUGACUGAUCCCGAGGUGACCUCCCAGGAGGGCAAUAUAAAAAAGGUUCCCGAUGCUCUGGGCACUGAGAAGUUCUGCGGCGACGCCGGCCAGGGCGGGGCUGGGAACUGGCUGAAGUACAUCCGAGUGUCCUGCUCCUGCGACGAGCAGAACCUGGCUGUGUGCCACAUCAACGAGCAGGUCUAUUAUAAAGUUAUUAAGGAGAUUGAGCCGGGAGAAGAGCUCCUGGUGUGCCUGAAGGAAGGAGGUUAUUCCCUGGGGAACAUGGCACCCAGCAUGGAAGAGGAGCCCUCGUUCCGCUGUGAGGACUGCGAUGAGUUGUUCCAGUCCAAGCUGGACCUGCGGCGCCACAAGAAGUACGGCUGCAGCGCCGUGGGCGCCCUGUACGAGAGCCUCAGCGACGAGAUCAAGCAGGAGAGCCUCGGAGAUGGACAGGUCUACGAGUGCAAGGACUGUGAGAGGAUGUUCCCCAACAAAUACAGCCUGGAGCAGCACAUGGUGAUCCACACCGAGGAGAGGGAGUACAAGUGUGACCAGUGUCCCAAGGCUUUCAACUGGAAAUCCAACCUGAUUCGUCACCAAAUGUCUCACGACAGUGGGAAACGGUUUGAAUGUGAAAAUUGUGUUAAGGUGUUUACGGACCCCAGCAACCUCCAGCGGCACAUCCGCUCACAGCACGUGGGGGCGCGGGCCCACGCCUGCCCCGACUGCGGCAAGACCUUCGCCACCUCCUCGGGCCUCAAGCAGCACAAGCACAUCCACAGCACUGUCAAACCUUUCAUAUGUGAGGUCUGUCACAAAUCCUACACGCAGUUCUCCAACCUGUGCCGCCACAAGCGGAUGCACGCGGACUGCCGCACCCAGAUCAAGUGCAAGGACUGCGGGCAGAUGUUCAGCACUACCUCCUCCCUCAACAAGCACCGGCGCUUCUGCGAGGGCAAGAACCAUUACAACCCCGCCGGCAUCUUCGCCCCCGGCCUCCCCCUCACGCCCACCUCCAUGAUGGACAAAUCCAAGCCCUCUCCCAACCUCAACCACGCCGGCCUGGGCUUUAACGAGUACUUCCCAUCCCGCCCGCACCCCGGCGGGAUCCCCUUCUCGCCAGCCCCCCCAGCCUUUCCCGCCCUCACCCCGGGAUUCCCGGGGAUUUUUCCGCCUUCUCUGUACCCCAGGCCCCCCUUGUUACCACCCACGCAACUGCUCAAGAGUCCCCUCAACCACACUCCGGACGCGAAGCUCCCCAGCCCCCUGGGGAACCCGGCGCUGCCGCUGAUCUCCGCGGUGAGCAACAGCAACCAGGCCCCUUCGGGGGAGGAGAAAUGUGAAAGCAGCCUGGAAAACUCCUACCUGGAGAAGCUAAAAGCCAGGAACAGUGAUAUGUCCGAUGGCAGUGACUUUGAGGACGUCAAUACAACCACGGGCACGGAUUUGGACACCACGACUGGCACCGGCUCUGACCUGGACAGUGACGCGGAGAGUGACAGGGACAAAACGAAAGACAAGAGCAAACAAAUCGAGACCAAGCCAGAUUUCAUCAGCAGCUCGGUGUCUGUGAGUUCCACCAACACCACGAGCGAGAUCCCUCUCUUCUACUCUCAGCAUUCCUUCUUUCCUCCCCCCGAGGAGCACCUGCUGCCCACCACGGGGGCAGCCAAUGACUCUAUUAAAGCUAUCGCCUCCAUCGCAGAGAAGUAUUUUGGGCCUGGCUUUAUGGGGAUGCAGGAGAAAAAGAUGGGUUCGCUCCCGUAUCAUUCCAUGUUCCCUUUCCAGUUCCUCCCUAAUUUCCCCCACUCCCUCUACCCUUUCACGGAGCGGACCCUCAAUCACAACUUGCUGGUCAAGGCAGAACCAAAGUCACCCAGGGACCUCCACAAAGUCGGCGGCACCAGCUCGGAGUCCCCGUUCGAUCUCACCACAAAGCCAAAAGAGAUUAAGCCAAUCCUGCCGCCCCCCAAGGUGCUCCCAGCCCCGUCCUCUGGGGAGGAGCAGCCACUGGAUCUGAGCAUUGGCAACCGCAUCCGAGCCAGCCAGAACGGAGGGAGAGAGCCACGGAAAAACCACAUUUAUGGGGAGAGGAAGCUGAUGGCAAGCGAGGUCUUACCUAAGAUUUCCCAGUCCCAGCUGCCUCAGCAGCCUUCCCUGCACUACGCUAAGCCAUCGCCCUUUUUCAUGGACCCCAUCUACAGCAGGGUGGAGAAGCGGAAGGUGACAGACCCCGUGGGUGCCCUCAAGGAGAAGUACCUGCGACCCUCCCCGCUGCUUUUUCACCCCCAGAUGUCGGCCAUCGAGACGAUGACGGAGAAACUGGAGAGCUUUGCAGCCAUGAAGGCCGACUCUGGCUCGUCCCUGCAGCCCCUUCCCCACCACCCCUUCAACUUCCGAUCGCCGCCGCCCACGCUCUCCGACCCCAUCCUGCGCAAGGGCAAGGAGCGCUACACCUGCAGGUACUGCGGGAAGAUCUUCCCACGCUCGGCCAACCUGACGAGGCAUCUGCGGACACACACCGGGGAGCAGCCUUACAGGUGUAAAUACUGUGACAGGUCAUUCAGCAUUUCCUCCAACCUGCAGCGGCACGUCCGGAACAUCCACAACAAGGAGAAGCCAUUCAAGUGCCACCUGUGCAACAGGUGCUUCGGGCAGCAGACCAACCUGGACAGGCACCUGAAGAAACACGAGCACGAGAACGUUCCAGUGAGCCAGCACUCCGGAGUCAUCACCAACCACCUCGGGACCAGCGCCUCCUCCCCCAACUCGGAAUCAGACAACCAUGCACUUUUAGACGAAAAAGAGGAUUCCUACUUCUCAGAAAUCAGAAAUUUUAUUGCAAACAGCGAGAUGAAUCAAGCGUCGGCUCUAGCAGAUAAAAGGCCAGAAAUCCAGGAUAUCGAUGGCAAUUCCCAGUGCCACGGACUGGCAAACGAGAAGACAGAAGAUGUGGACGAUGAGGACGAAGAACUGGAAGAGGAAGAUGACGACAGCCUGACUGGGAAGUCCCAGGACGAGACGGCGUCGCCCACGGCGGAGCCCCGGGGAGCGUUCGAGGAUGAGGAGGAUGAGGAGCCCACGUCUCUCACCAUGAGCUUUGACCACACCCGAAGGUGUAUUGAGGAGGACGAAGCCGGCCUGUUAGAUUUGGAGCAGAUGCCGAAUUUUGGGAAGGGGCUGGAUCUCCGCAAAGCAGCCGAGGAAGCAUUUGAAGUUAAAGAUGUGUUUAAUUCCACCUUAGACUCUGAGGCAAUAAAACAGACUCUGUACAGGCAGGCUAAAAACCAGGCUUAUGCAAUGAUGCUGUCCCUGUCUGAGAACGCUCCCCUCCACACGUCCUCCCAGAACUCUCUGGGGGCUUGGCUGGACAUGGCAGGAGCAGCUUCGGAGUCGGGGACCUUUAACCCCAUCAACCACCUCUGA